GGGACGUAUGCUACCGUGUUUAAAGGACGAAGCAAACUAACAGAGAACCUGGUGGCGCUGAAGGAGAUCCGUCUGGAACAUGAGGAGGGGGCACCGUGCACAGCCAUCAGAGAGGUUUCUCUUCUGAAGAACCUUAAACAUGCCAACAUCGUCACUCUGCACGACAUCAUCCACACCGACCGCUGCCUCACGCUGGUGUUUGAGUAUCUGGACAGUGACCUUAAACAUUACUUGGACAGCUGUGGAAACCUCAUGAGCAUGCAUAACGUCAAGAUUUUUAUGUUCCAGCUGCUGCGUGGUCUGUCCUACUGUCACAAAAGAAAAAUCCUCCACAGAGACCUGAAGCCUCAGAAUCUUCUUAUCAAUGACAAGGGGGAGCUUAAACUGGCUGAUUUUGGCCUGGCACGAGCCAAGUCCGUCCCCACCAAGACCUACUCAAAUGAGGUGGUGACCCUUUGGUAUCGACCCCCUGAUGUUCUGCUAGGAUCCACGGAAUACUCCACGCCCAUUGACAUGUGGGGCGUGGGCUGUAUCCUGUAUGAGAUGGCAACAGGUCGUCCCAUGUUUCCUGGUGCCACUGUAAAAGAGGAGCUACAUUUAAUAUUUAGGCUCAUGGGCACUCCAACAGAGGAAACUUGGCCUGGUGUGAGCAGUAAUGAGGAGUUCAGAUCCUACCUCUUUCCUCAAUAUAGACCUCAAGCUCUCAUCAACCAUGUCCCUCGGUAAAGUUACAUCGUUCAUGGUGUGUUUCUCCAGCUAGGGGUGGGGAAGGGGUGUUCCGACUUUGUCACGUUGCGAGUUAGGAGGAGGUGUGGAUCCAAUAUGCAGACACCCAGAACGACACGAGGCAGGAGUGGAUGUAAAUGAAAUCAUUCCUUUAUUAGGAAGGGGAACAAAAAAUCCAAAAAGGGCUGGAAGUCAAAAACAACGUCCUGGACACCUGGAGACAGAGCUCACUUAAAGAGCACAAACCUAAAGACCCAGUGACAAGGAACAAAACAACGCUGACAACAAACAAUGGACCAACAACACGACAGAGACAAAGACACGGUAUACCGUAAAUCCUCUAAUACAGGCCUGGGCCUGUAUUUUACUCAAGCUCAUCAAGCUCCAGGCCUUUAUUGGAGGGAGGACCAGAAUUAGCAAGCUGGUUAAGGUUAGGAUGGAGGUGAGGGGAAGGUUAAAUUGCAAGAGGGUAAAGGUCACAAUUUGGUUAAAUGUCCGUUUUACGGCGGGUGUCAGUACCGACGCUCUGGCACAGCGCGUUGCCUCCCGACGCGCAGGAGCUUGUCACCUGCUGUCUUUUCCGAGGACUGCAUCUUGCCGGUCAUUAUCACGUGACAGCGACUAGUCGAUGACAGGCAUAACAAGUCACUAUAGAGCAGUGAAGUCGACUAGUUCAUACAACCCCUGCUACUGCCCCCCAGAGUGUUCUGCAGCCUAAUCAGCACGUUCUCUUUGAACUUGAUAUCAAAUCUUCGCCUCCUCUUCGUCUCCGCACGGUUAAAGUUACC